AUGAAUAAAGAUGUUUUGGAGUAGCAUAUGAAAGCAACUUUUAACAAAUUUAUUUAGGUAUUAAGGCUUAAUUAUUCAGGAUAGUCCAAAAAAGCAUAAUAGGGAAGAAUCUAAAAUCUAUGUUAAAGAAUAGGAGUGUUUUGGAAAAAAAUUUGUGAUCAACUGA